GCCGUCAAAACAUAAACGAUGUGCCUCUAUGAAAUUUUCGUUUUUAAGUAAGUAAGUUCGCAACAACAUUUCGCAAAUUUUUUCACCAUUUUUGCUGUUUUUGCAUAAAUCUUCCGGUGCGCUUUGCUUUCUUACGAACUGAUGUUUUCUACUCUUAUACGAGCACUGAAACUCAAACUUCCUAUCCUAAUUCGAGCCGAAGUUGGAAAAUGUCUUCGUAUCUGCAGUCACUAUAUUUUAUUUCAUUUUUGUACUUUUGGCUUUCUCGAAUUUAAUUAUUUGCUCCAUUACAAUUUUUAUUUUAUUUUUGUGUUAUCGAGCAAAUAUUAAGAACACAGAAUUUCCAAGUUCGCCUCCCGCGGACAUUCCUAGUAGGGAUAUAGGUUGAUCCGAAAUCACCGUUUUACGACUUAAACCAGAGCGAAGCUGAAUUCGGAUAGUUAUACGCUGCGUGUUCACGAAAAAUCUACUGGAUGAAUCAUUCAUACCUUUCAGUGUUAAAUAAUAAUGGGAUUAUCUGUUGUGAACGGCCAAACCGGAGCUCGUCUUUUUUCCAGGGCUAAUAACGCCGUCAGCGAAAACCGCAACCAGCAGCCGGGAGCGAGUUGCCUGCGAAGCGUCGGUACAAGCCAUACGAUAUCACUUAGACGGCCCACCAGUGCCGUAUUUGAUUGGAACGAUCGGGCCCAACAUUUCACGGACUACCGAGAGCCUCCAAGAGAAGAACGAACCAGACGCAAACCAGCUGUGCCUGGACUACAAGACAGUCCACCGGAUGUUAUGGAUCUUGGAGAACAUCGUGAGCGUAGGGCUUGGGUCGUUAAUGAGUUAGAGAAAAUUUUUCGAACAUACGGAAAUCCACUGCGUAAAGGAAGCCAAGAAAUUGAAAGCCGAUUGUACGACAAGUCUCGCAAUCAGGAUGAAUAUUUGGCCUUGGCUGAUAAAUUGCUUCACCAUAUGCGAGACUUAGCAAAUCAAAGGGGAACGCAGCCUCAAAGCCGCAGCGAAUCCCUGGAGGAUCUCCGCUCUAUAACGAGUCCAAGCGGAAGUAGUCCAACGAGCCCUUCUCAUCGCUCUUCACCCGGUUUCACCCCGAAUCCGCAUCGAAACAGAAGGGACAGUGGAUCGCAGCCCAUGCGAUCAGAAGACAGUGAUUUGCCCACCCAUCCAGUUGCAAUGGGUUGGUCCUCCCUCUCAUCCGAACCACCAUUCCCACCUUCUGUGGGAAUGGGCAGUGCUAGCGAAUUGAUACAACGCUAUGAUAUCAAUUAUGGAUCCAUUCGUCUCCCAGCGCCAAAUAAGCGCGCUUUUAUGAUGGGGCCGCAAAGGACGACCUACCAGGCGCGUUUUGGCCCGCCACAUUCGCGCGCUUCCGCGUCUGCUCCAGCACUCGGUAGUCGUCACGGAUCGUAUGCACAUAGUGAUGAUCUGCCAGAGAUCUUGACGCGGUUGAUCCGCAGUGACGAUGAAGGCGACGGCGAAAGUGGGGGACUGAGCUCGGAUACGUACGAGACAUCAUUCAAGUUCUUAGUGCCCCGAAAUGCUGUGAUAAAGCAGAUUACCAUCCAUUUAAAGUGUGUCAGAUGAGACCCUGUUGGAGGAUUAAGAAGCGGCACAGAUGGUAUUGUCGCCUUGUGCCUGAUGUUCUUUUCUCGUGUUGACUGGGAUGGUAACUAAAUUGUACGGUUUUCCUGCUGCGUUUUUUAAUUAUGUACAUAGGGUUGUAAAAACUAGGCUGGGAAACAGAAAUUCUAUGUUUGAGGAUCUUCCGUCGACAAAAUGUUUUGUUUGUGAUUUGUUUUCUUCGGGAUUUGUUUCUCUGUCGUUUAGUUGGUUGCGUGCAGCAGAUCUUAUCGAAGUACAGUAUUAAUUUCUUGUUUGGGACUGCUGUAGGUGUCCUGAUACUGUAACAUAACAAUUAAUAGUGACUUCGAUACAUUAAUGCCUUA